UCUUUGUGUUUGAGAGAGACCAAGGGGACAAGAGGAGGAACAGGGUGUGAAGACGGGCCUCUUAGGGCUCGGAGGGAAGCAUCCGAAGCCAGCUGGUCUGGCUUUGAGGUAGAUCAAUGGGCAGAGUGACACAAAGGCAGCAGAAAGAAGAGGAAGAGUUGUAGACAGAACAAAAGGAAGAGAUAAAGAAAGUCAAUACGUGCAGGAAAGAAAGGUGGAGAUUGGAUCAGCGGGUUCUGUGAAGGCGUUUGUACCACGAUCGGCAACAAACAGGACAUUUUUCCAAGGAGGACAAAACACCAGAGAGCUGAAAGCCAAGGAUGCAUUGAAUGAAAAAUAAGAGAUAGAAGCAGAACAUUCUUGGUCCAAUAAAGAGGAUAGUGUUUCUCUGAUUAUUUGAUCGUGGUGUGGUCUGCCGAAGAGUGCAUCGAGAAGAGUGAAAGAGUGUAUACAAGUAAAGAAGAGACUGUUGCACAAUGUACUAGGAGAGUGGGGGAAGAAAGCGUGUUGUUUUUCUGAUAUUGUAGAGGUGUCAGAGAGACCCAGAAAGGACACAGCCAUGGGGCGGAAGAAGAUACAGAUCACCAGGAUCAUGGACGAGAGGAACAGGCAGGUUACCUUCACAAAGAGGAAGUUUGGCUUGAUGAAAAAGGCCUAUGAGCUGAGCGUACUAUGUGACUGUGAGAUAGCCCUCAUCAUUUUCAACAGCUCUAACAAACUGUUCCAGUACGCCAGCACAGACAUGGACAAAGUGUUGCUGAAAUACACAGAGUACAACGAGCCCCACGAGAGCAGAACCAACUCUGACAUUGUAGAGGCGCUAAACAAGAAAGAACACAGAGGUUGUGAUAGCCCGGACCCCGAUGCCUCAUAUGUCCUCACUCCUCACACAGAAGAAAAGUAUAAAAAAAUUAAUGAGGAGUUUGAUAAUAUGAUGAGAAAUCAUAAAAUCCCCACAGCAUUGCCUCAGCAGAACUUCUCCAUGCAUGUGGCAGUGCCUGUAUCCAACCCGAAUGCCAUGUACCAGGCAGGAGGGACUCUGGGCAGCCAGGCCCUGGCAGCGGCCACGGCCUCUCUGAGCGAGAGCGGGAUGCUGUCCCCUCCACAGGCCUCUCUGCACAGGAAUGUUGGCUCCAGUGGAGGUUCUCAGAGGCCCACCAGCGCAGGCAGUGCAGGUGGCAUGCUGGAUACCACAGACCUUUCAGUGCCAAGUGGUGCGGGCUCCAGCCCAGCGGGGAAUGGUUUUGUUAACCCCAGGGGCUCACCGGGCCUCCUCAGCACACCCAGCGGCAAUGGCCUGGGUAAAGUCAUGCCCACCAAGUCUCCGCCACCCCCUGGAGGGAACAUGGGAAUGGGAAGCCGCAAGCCAGACCUAAGGGUUGUUAUCCCUCCAUCAAGCAAAGGAAUGAUGCCCCCACUGUCGGAGGAGGAGGAAAUGGAUUUGAACACCCAGAGGAUAAGCAGCUCCCAGUCCACCCAGCCACUGGCCACUCCAGUAGUGUCUGUCACCACCCCCAGUUUACCCCCACAGGGUCUGGUCUACUCAGGCAUGCCCACCUCCUACAAUCCUGCUGAGUACUCCCUGAGCAGUGCAGAGAUCUCUUCCCUACAGGGCUUCAGCUCUCCUGGGCUCUCGCUGGGCUCCAUGUCGGCAUGGCAACAGCAUCAACUGGGCCAGGCAGCUCUUAAUUCUUUGGUUGGUGGAGGUCACCUACCUCAGGGCUCCAACCUAUCCAUCAGCACCAGCCAGAGCAUAAAUAUCAAGUCCGAGCCCAUUUCGCCACCACGGGAGCGUGUCACCCCAUCUGGCUUCCCUCCGCAACAGCCGCAGCAAGGGUCCAGCCGACAGGAAGUUCUGGGACGUUCACCUGCCGACAGCCUCAGCUCGUCUUGUAGCUCAUACGACGGCAGCGAUCGCGAGGACCACCGGCCUGACUUCCACUCCCCGCUGGGACUGGGAAGACCCCCUGCUGGCUCCGAGGAUAGGGAGAGCCCGUCGGUCAAGCGCUUGCGCAUGGACACAUGGGUGACAUAAAGAGCCCUGGUCAAGCCUCCAGUCACCAGCCAGUCAGAGAGGGGGGGAGGGGUUAGACAUGGAGAUAAAAGAAAGAGCAAGGGUCCUUAGAGCUAUCAUUAUGAUACUAUUAUUCAACUCCACUUCAAUUUGUAAGACUGAGAUGUAAUGUAAUAAGACGUGUCAGGACAUAUCUAAAGUAAAUUCUCAAGCUGAUAACAGUAAGAUUAAAAAAAAAUAAAAUAUAUAUAUAUAUCAGUUAGCUGGACUGAAUUAUAUGCACAAGCAGGUGGUAUCAGGUACUUGGUGCAAUUCAGAUGACGUUUGCAGAGGAGAGCUGUUCAAAGAAAAUUGUUAAACAAUAGGCGGUAGAUUAUUGUAGUCACUGGUCUAGUCAGACACAUACAUGUAGUUGCUGUUUUGCUGUUGUGCUCGCAAGUUGCAAACAAUCCGAGAAAGUUGUGUUGCUUUGAGGCUGAGGACCCUUACAUACGAUGUUCACUGCACGAACUAUCUCUAAAAUCAUGCUGUAACCAUACAAGACCUUUAUCUCAAGUGGCCUCUUCUAAUUUAUUGAUUCAGUCGAUCAGGAGACACAGAGCACAUGGAGUUAAUCGCUAUUACACAGGAAUUUUGAUUAUACCGUCAACAAUCGCAACAAGUUGAGACUACUUUAGUGAACACACGAACCAAUAAUGUCGGAGGUAAAAAAAAAAAAAAGCAAAAUAGCAACAGAAUUUAUUGCAAUAAUGACAAACUAUUCAUUUUAUAAUUUAAAAGAGUAGGAUAUAUAAAUGUGCAAUUAAGAUAAUGCGAACCUGUCCAGUUGAACUGGUGAGAAAGUCAACAUGUUCACAUUUGUGUAACAGUUCAUCAGUAAUAUAAGCCAAAGCUGUUCUUUUGUGUUGUUUUGUACAGUUGCUAUGAUUUUCCUAACAAUUCACUCAAAUGCACCAUUUCUUUCAUCAUAGUUUUUAUUUUUUAUUGUGCUUUAUUACAGUGUACAAGUCAUGUAAACCAGAUCUUGAAUCGAUAUCGAAAGCCAUGAACAUUUGCUGUUCUGUUUGUAUAAUUGAAAAAAGAAUUUGAGCCAAACAUUGUCUUUUUGUUGUGUAAAUAGCGACUUUAAUAUAUAUUACCAGGGUGUGAGUACAUGCCGAAUGUACUGUACGAUCACCGUUUUCGAAAAAAAAAAAGUUGAAAAAAAAAAAAGUAUAUUUUUGUGGUUUACAGCCAAGUUUACAAGAGUAGACCCUCAAAAAGUCGAUGAUUCACUGGUCAAUAUUUGCUAUUUCGUUCUUCUAAAUUGAACAUAAACUCCCAUGUGUUUUAGUUCCAGAUGGUCAAUUUGUUUUGUCCCCCCUUUUUAUUAGUGGUGAUUGUUUGUCCUGAAGACAUUGUAAAAGAUAAAAAAAGAAAAAAAAAACAAUGCUGUGAGGUUGAAGUUCCACUAUUUUCAUAAUUAUUUUUUUUUGAAGGAUGAUCACAAGGCUACGGGAAAUAAGGUUUCUUCCCACCUAUUGUGUUAGCUCGUCUUAGUUGUAUACCAGCAGCUGCUGAAUACACUGCCACCAUUCAAUUUCCAAGGUCCCAGCCCCACAUUGAAGAAUAAUCUAUUGUUUUUUGCAUGUAGCUCAACUGAAAGACAUCUCUCCAGCCACUAUCCUGUUAUCGGUUCACGGUGUUCAAGCUGUGAACGUGGCAGUAGUGGCUCACACCAAACUGAUCAUGCCUGUGUCCACAUGUGGUUGUAAAUAUUACAGUCUACUUGAAUUAUCAGUUAUGUAUAAAAAAAUACUCGUGUUUCCUUAAUUGGCUCCAGAAAUUGUAUCUUAAACCCCUUUUAUUAAGAGCACUGUAGCCAGAAAAGGUCAAAAAGAAAGGGGGGGGGCUGUGACUUAUUUUCUUUUCCAUCCUCACAGAAACGGAUCAUUCAGCAGCUAAAUCAUAAUCCCACACACCGACUGACUUCAAUCUCACUGCUGAAAGGCACACAUUUGUAUAAGAAGUUUGCUGUACGAGAGAGAGAGAGGUGUCGCUGUGCAUUCGCCACGGCGCCACUUGUGUGCGUCUCUGAGGUCGCCGACCCCCAACGCCACCACCCCCACCCCCUACCACCACCAUCAUCAGCUCCACGGUAGUUCUCAGUUUACGCCCGUAAUGAAUCUAUGCAGUUUUAUCCCCAGUUCACAUGAAACACACACAGAAGAUGAUGUCAUUACAGGUCACAUUUCGACACAUGAGGAAGAAGAGAGUAGACUGUUAGACUCUUAUUCUGAAGUGCCACAGCUGAGAGUUGCUGGACUACAAGCUAUAUCUAUAUAUAUAUAAUACAUUUCACUGAUUGAUUUAUUUGGAUACCCCCCACCCCCACCCCCCCUCCCAAGGGCAAUCUUCCUCAUGUUCAUAUAUAUAUUGGUAGACAUACUUUAUACGAUGUAUCCAUAAUGUAAUCCAGUUUAACACAGCAGGUAAAAAAAAAAUAGCAAUAAUAAAAGACUACAACGAAAACUGUCUGCCCGUCUCUGCAGCAUCACCUCGUAGUUGAGCACAUAUUUUAGCACUCGAUAACAUAUCAGGGAAUUUUGUAGUUGCUCUAUCUAUAUGCACAGUUAGGAAAAAUGCCUUAUCCCAAAGAAAAAAUUUACACCACUCUUUUAUUUUUCUCUCAGUUGAAGAAAGACAAUGAUGCAGAUUUCACUCAAAACUCGACCAGACCUGCCUCUUCUCAGAUAGGACUCACACAAGACUAACGCCCGGCGGAUGCACUGCGAUACACUUUUGCUCUUUUGGUCUAUGUCCAAAUUGUGCACAACUGAUGAAUGUGAAAGGAAAGGGUAAUCAAUGAACCUCUGUAGAGGACUUUCUUCACUUUGCUGUGCAAGAGUACACCGCUUUGCUUCAUGGCUUUUAUAAACAGAACUACGUGUUUGGUAAGUGUUUGUAGUUGAUAGUUCACUUAACUAAAGAAGCUGUUUUCGGUUUGAACGCUCAGACCGUUUGGCGGCACAAGCUGGACUUUGUUGCCAAUAAUGAAAUUAUUUGUUUCAAAAUCGAAAAUAGAUUUUAAGUUAAUCUACAUUUUAUUUCCCUUGAAUGUGUUAUUUUAUUUUCAUCAUACAAUAAAUAUUCAAGUGAACUUUUUAUUAAACAAUUAAGAUACUAUGCUAGAUGUUGUUGUACAAAAUUUGUAUUCUUCACAAAAGUACAAAUAUUGGCUUUUAAUGUGUAAUUUAGGUUAUCUCUCUUAUUCUGUAUAAAAUGAAGUAAACAACUCUUUCAUAGAAUUUGUUCUCCUGUGAAGUCCCAAACAGUAGAAACUGUCAACUUUAUUAAACACCUCAGUGUAUGCUCAAUCUGAA